UUAAGAUCUACCUAUUGGUCAGACUUACCAAAAUGUGUGUCGUACCACCAGCGAUCAACCAAUCAAUCUUUUUAAAAAUGUUAGGUUUACGAUGCAACAGGAUUUUUUCCAUACUCGUGCCUUAGACAAUUCCGCCCGCGCUGACUGCUCAGCCACCAUUAUUUUUACGGGAGAUCAGCCAGGACUGGUGGGCAAUUCUGGGCGGGUGUCAUAUUUGUUUGCUUUACUGUACAUGGAUGCUAAUUUCGUGCCCCUCGAGUGUCGGUUUUCUCACCACUUCUCACAUUCUUUUUUCUGAUGUCUUCUGUUUGAUACAUUGAAAUUCAUUUCCUUCACCAGUCCCUCGUUCACACUGCAACCCAAAUCUCGUGAUGGUUUCGAUCUGGCGAAUACCUUUGGUGCUAGGCUGCCUUAUACAAAUUGCUCACGGAAUAGAUCUGGACGUGGAAUCUACUGGUAUGUUUUGGCGUUGAAAUACCCGGAUGAAACUAAUACACGUCCUUCUCAGAUUCAUUAAAGAGUGCUGCCAAAACCAUAGCUCAUGGCAUGGUGAGCUUCUACAAAGGAAAUGAAACCUGUCACACCCCAGGAUUGCUUCCUUACCCACCAGAUGGAUAUUAUUGGUGGCAAGCAGGAGCCAUGUUCGGGGCCUUGAUUAGUUACUGGUUCAAUACUGGAGAUACAGCUUAUAACGCCAUUACAUCGCAAGCCAUACUUUUCCAAGUUGGUGAUGAUAUUGAUUUCAUGCCUCUCAAUCAAACUACCUCUCUGGGAAACGACGACCAGUCUUUUUGGGCUAUGACAGCACUCUCUGCUGCGGAGUAUAACUUUCCGAGCCCUGAUACACCCGGAGCUCCCUCAUGGCUGGGACUUGCACAAGCGGUAUUUAACGAGCAGAUUCAGAGGUGGGAUUCUGCAAAGUGUAAUGGGGGUUUACGAUGGCAGGCCGUUCCGACCAACAAAGGAUUCAAUUACAAGAACACGAUUUCGAAUGGGUGUUUGUUUAACAUUGCGGCAAGAUUGGCAAGAUACACGAAUGAUCAGAUGUAUGCUAAUUGGGCAGUCAAGAUAUGGAAUUGGAUCGAGGCAGUCGGUUUCGUUGACACUAAUUAUCGUGUCUACGAUGGCUCAGAUGCGGACACGUAUAAUUGCACCAAUAUAGAUCAUAACCAAUGGUCAUAUAAUAACGGAAUCUUGCUCAAUGGAGCUGCUACUAUGUUCAACUAUGUAAGUAUCCCCAUUAUCUGGGACUGAGACGACAAAAGGCUUACGAGUAAACAGACUAAAGGUGACCCAAUUUGGGAGCACCGCACAGCAGGUCUUUUGUCAAGUGCCAACCAAAUUUUCUUCGUCGAUGGAGGUAUAAUGCGUGAAGGCUGCGAAAAUCCACCGGCCAUUCCAUGUAAUCAGGACCAAAAAUCGUUCAAGGCAUACCUCGCUCGCUGGAUGACCGUCACUUCCCAGUUAGCACCAUUCACACGCCCCAACAUUACCGCUCUUCUCAAAACGAGUGCGAAAGCUGCGGCAGCACAAUGCAACGGAGGUCCAAGCAAAUCAACAUGUGGAAUUCAAUGGGACAAGAACGGAACUUGGGAUGGCACAGAAGGAGUAGGUCAAAGUAUGUCAGCAUUAGAAACAAUCAUCGGUGCUCUCGUCACCACCGAUCUAAAAGUCCCUCCCCCAUUUACCGGUUCAACUGGUGUAAAUCCUGGUGGUACCAGUGUUUCUGUUCCCAAGGCCGGGAAAAACCGAACUGCUACUUACGUUGAUACCUCGGUAAUUUCAACAGCUGAUAAAGGAGGAGCUUGGUUCAUGACAAUUCUUUUUUUGUUUGUGGGGAGUGUUAGUAUUUGGUUCAUGUGUUCUAUGUGAGAACACGGAGUGGACUAGAGGCCUGGGGGAGGAGAGAUCUUGUCUUAUGGGGGAAGAGGAAUUCCGAG